AUGUGUCGUUGGUUCUUUCCAGGAGCUUCAACAGAAAUGGAUUUGCAAUGGACUGUUCAAAGGCAACAAAAAUACGGAUUUUCAUCAAUCGCCUGUGACCAAACUAUUGAACAAACUUGCAACCGGGAUUCUAAAACCAAGGGCGGUAUUGUGGGAUUGACUCAGAAUAGAGGUGCAAUAAAUCGGUGGAUUCUUGCUCAGGCUGACAGAAGUGCGAUAACCAGAAAGUGUCAGUUGAUGGCUGGUGUAGCAGAGGAGCAAAGGUAAUGACAGAACUAAAUUUUACUAUGAAUACAAUAGAGUACAUGUAUGCUUGAUUUUUCCUGAUGAACUGAACUGAAUGCUACUGUUUGUUCUCAUUUAGAAAGCGGAAAGAUCUGGAUAAAACCAACUGGGAUAAGCAUGAGCAAGCUGUGAAACAGAUUAUGGAAACAGUAACUUCCAUGUCGAACCCAUUCAGCCCAGAAAGCCCGACAGAACUGGUCAACAUAUGUAGUGGUGUUGUUGCAGAUGAAGAAACAACAAAGGACCUGCAGAAUGCAUAUGUGAAAGGGGAUGAAAGGCUUGAGCAGUAUUUUGAGACCAGAUUACUAUGCGAAGAACCAGAUAUAUUUAGCAAGAUUGAGAAAAUGAAACUGAAAUCUUUCAGUACUAUGGCAAAAUCAACAACAACCCGAACAUCUUCUGGCUCUGUAGUUACGGUGAAGAAUGAUUGUCGCUUCUGGGCAAGGCUUCUGGUGAUAGCAAGAAAUCGGGAUAUUAAUCUUGAGCAUGUUUUCACAUAUUCCCUGAGACCAUAUCCAAGAGCAUUGGCUACAGACUCCGGUUGUCUUGUUAAGACAGUGAAGUCUAAAUUACUUCAUGUGCUGGAACAAGAAGCUGAGAUGCCACUUAUUGAACAGAUUCCAUCAAAUAGUGCCACUAUUGUUGAUGGAAUGGCCUUACUGCAAAUGCUGAAAGCAAGAAAUAUCCCAGAGACAUUUGGUCAGUUGGCUGAUGUAAUUUUGAAGAAUGUUAUUGACAUUGCAGUGUACAAUAAAUCACAACGUGUAGACUUUGUGACAGACAGGUAUCCCACAGUGAAUACCAAAAAUGCUGAAAGGUUACAUAGAGCGGCAUCGGGCAUAUAUGCUGUCUCAAUACUCAGUGAUCAACAAAAAGUUCCAAAGCAGUGGAAAAAAUUCAUGAGUGUGGGAAGUAAUAAGGAACGGCUUGUUGAAUUCCUGGUCCAACAGUGGAGAAAUGUUCGAUGUUCAGCACUGCAGUCGACGCAAUUGUUUGUAACAAAUAAAGAGAAAUGUUACCACUAUUACCCAAAUGCUGAUGCUGUUACUGUUGAAGAGGUUCCUGAAUUGGAAUGUGAUCAUGAGGAGGCAGAUACAAAGAUGUUCGUCCAAUGGUCCAUGCACAGCACGCCGCAGCAGCAUCCGAUGUUGUUGUGA